CGGUCACAACAGCGGCUGGAUCAUCGCUGGUGGAUCCAUCCUCCAGCUGAUUGUUUGUAUUCGACGCUGAUCUGGUUCACUUAUGUUCCCCCGCGAGUUUUACAUACUCGAAGCCACGAUCCAACCCUUGGCAAUGUGAAUCCUGGAGUCAGAGUCUUGUGUGAGAUAUGUCCGAGAGUGAGAAUUUGAUACAAACCGUGAUAAGUACUCUCAACAGGCUUUCGGGCAUCCUGCAUGAGCCACCCGAGAGCGUAGAUCAACCGACAUCUGGAGAUUCUGUCGGUCGAAAACAUGGCGAUGGGCUCGACGACACGAAGAUACUCGGGAACGAUGUCUUCAACCUGGUCCGGCAGCACAGUGGUCGACUCAAACGCAAAAAAACAUCCAACAUCCUGGACGCGCUUCACGAGCGAAAUCUGGGCGCCACCAUUCGUAAUCUGGACGAGAAGGCCGUAAGCGGAACAUACGAGAAGGAUGGCGAUAUAUUCGUAUGUGCAACGCGGUUCGGAGGCGUCAGGAUCUACGAUACGCGUACCGAUCAGACGAUCCCGUCAAUGUGGUUCAAGCGUGCAAAUCCCGAAGAAUCCAUCACCGAGUGCACGGUUUCGCCUGACGCCCGCUACCUUGCAUACUCGAUGACCAUGGGAGGAAUGGUUUUGCAGCCGAUGGAAAGAGAAGACGCGCCCGCGAGCUGCUUCCAGCUCGAGGGGCGCCUUGCCGCGAGGAGCUUUGCCGCGUGUCUCAAGUUCGCCCCGUCUAGAGACGAGAUAAUUGCUGGCACCACGGACUCAAGUAUAUUAUUUUUCGAUCUCAAGUCAUUGAAACAGACGCAACAGAUAACGACUCAGGCGGGUCGAAUCCGUGGACUUGCCCUCGCGGAUCCCUACUCGCAGAUAUUUUAUACGGGCGGCGACGAUGGUCUGAUCAAAGUUUGGGACCGGCGGACUGUGCAAGGAUCAGAUAGUCAACCAGUGGGUUACCUCGCUGGUCAUAGGAAUGCGGUUCUCUUCAUCGACUCGAAAAACGACGGCAGAUACCUCAUAUCUUGCAGUCACGACCAAUCGAUUAAAUUAUGGGACAUUCGAAGCAUGACCGAUAAGAAAGCAAUCCAAGAGAGGAGACCGCUGCAAGGCAGUAUUGAGUGGGAGUUGAGAUUGGUUCGACCCAACCGGACAGAUAGUUGGGCAUCUCCUGCUUCCGGCGACGCCAGCGUCCUGACAUUCAGAACGAUUCUCGUCGACGAGACAGAAAUUCACUGUCGUUUCUCUCCGAUGGCGACAACGGGACAACGCUUCGUUUAUGCUGGCUGCCGAUCAGGUCGAGUGAAGAUAUUCGAUAUCUUGAGCGGGAAACUAGCGAUGUCGAACGGUGAAUUCGGUCCAUACGCCUGUCUCCGUGACGUGUCGUGGCACCCGUACCUUCCAAUCAUCAAAGCAACCAGGCUCUGCGGCUUCGUGGAUGAAUAUCGGUACUCCGCGGCACCCCAGAAAGUUGUUCCCCACGAAUACGACGAAAUCUACCGCGAGUCUCCCAACCCUCUAUUGGGCUUGUAUAGAGAUAUUGUGCCUGGGAGACGUGUUGGUCAACGUCUUCGAUUCUAGGAGCCCAGGGCUCUUCCGUUGUGCGAAGCCCAUAUUUUACCAUUCUUGUGUAGCUGCAUGACCACGGAUCGAAGCGAGAUGGAUCACAUGCGUCAGCGAUCACUAUCGAUCUGGUCACUUACGCUAGCUGGGACUCAUAUCUCUCAUCCGCGUUUUCUCAUACAGAUCGUUAUAUGACCUUCUAUUGGAGCAAGCCCUGGAGUUAGAGAAAAUACGGUAUACCAAGAUCAUCCGAUUGGUGUGCCCUGC